AUGGCCCCGCCCCCUGGCCCGGCCCCGCCCCCUCGCCCCAGUCCGGGUCCAGCCGGAUCUCCUCCCCCUACGCCUGGGGUAGCGAGGACCCCCCGGGAGGACGCGGCCCAGGCCAUGCCCAUCGCCGCAGAAGUGGGGACACCUCAGGGCCCCAGGCCGGGGUCCACGGGCUUCUGGGACCCGGGCGCGCGCCUCGGGGCUAACGCAGCGCUCGGGGCGGCGCGGAGACGGCCGGCGCUUGGCCUCCGGCAGCGGCUCCGCGCGCGGGUCUCCUUCCCAUUUGAGAGGCGGGAAAAUCGAGGCGCAGAGAGGCCGAAGGGCCUGCCACCUGUCCCGCUUCUGUGUCGGCCAGAACUGACGGAGAGGACGGGAGGGGGCAGGGCGGGGGGCGGCAGCGACCCUCCGGGGCCUCGCGGUGCCCGGAGUCCCCGCACCUCCGCGCGGAGCCCCAGCCGCAGCCAGAGCGCGGGCAGCGCCGAGCGGGCGCGGGAAGGCAGCGGUGUCGGGCGGCCCGCCGCCCCCGCUAGGCCCGGGCCACGCACACCCGCCGGCCGGGGAGAGGCCGGGGGGCGCGCGGGCGAGGACUGGCCGCCCGGCCCGGGGCGUCCCGGGGUGAGGACGGCCGGCUGGGGUCCGAGGCAGCGCCGGCGGAGGACGCGCCCCCCGGAGGUGCGGCCCCGCGAGCCUCGGGCCGGGCUCCCCACCGCCCGCCCUGCGGCCCGGGAGGAGGGCGACGGCCGAGGAGGCGUGCGCGGGGCCGGCGCGGUCGGGGGCGGGGGCGGGGGCGGCCCGCCGGGGCUCCGGCUCGCGCUCGGGCUGGCGCUGCUGCUGGCGCGGCCGCCGUCGGGCCGCGCGGGGGCCCCCGAGGCGCAGGAGCCCGCGGCGCCCGCCACGGCGGCCCCGGCCGGGGGCGACCGCUGCCGCGGCUACUACGACGUGAUGGGCCAGUGGGACCCGCCCUUCAACUGCAGCUCGGGCGCCUACAGCUUCUGCUGCGGCACGUGCGGCUACCGCUUCUGCUGCCACGACGGGCCGCGGCGCCUCGACCAGAGCCGCUGCUCCAACUACGACACGCCGGCCUGGGUGCAGACGGGCCGGCCACCCGCGCGCGCCCGCGACGCCACCGCGCCCCGGGACCCGGGCCGCGAGCGCAGCCACACGGCCGUCUACGCGGUGUGCGGCGUCGCUGCGCUGCUCGUGCUGGCCGGCAUCGGGGCGCGCCUGGGCCUGGAGAGGGCGCACAGCCCGCGCGCGCGGCGCACGGUGACCAGGACACUCACAGAACUUCUAAAGCAGCCGGACUCCCAGGAGCCACUGCCUCCACCUCUGGGCCCACCUCUGGGUAGCUGUGUCCAGGUGCAGAUGAGUGAUGGCCCCCCCCGGGGCUCCCCCAACCACACAGACAGGAAGCGCCCCAACAACAUGCCCCUGGGGUCAGCGACCCCCGGCCCCCAGCGUGGCCCCAGGCUGCAGGGCGGGGGCAGCAUGACGCUGCAGCCCUAUGCCAAGUAUGCCACCCUCAAGGCCGCAGCGCUCAAGGUCGCAGAAGCCACCCCACAGGACUUCUACCAGCGUUUCCCCACGGCGGAAGCUGCCCCGCUGACCCUCCCGGCGCGGGCCCCGCGGCCCCGCGAGGACUUGCCUGCGCUGCUCGACGCCUGCCCCUGGGCCCCGCCGGGCUACGCGCCCCCCGCCGGCCUUGCCCCGUCGGGCCACUACAAGGCCUGGGUCGUCGGCCGCCAGCCCCGGCCCACCCCCCGUGGCCACCCGGCGGCUCAGGCCUCCCAGGCCUCCCCGGGGCCCCAGAGGCCCGGCCACGCGCCCCGGCGCCAGUUCAGCGUGGAGAAGCUGCCUGAAGCCUUCAGCCCGCAGCCCCCUGCCCUUUAUGGCAGCGCCGGCCGCGGGCCCCGGCACCUGAGCACUAACAGCAAAGCCGAGGUCACCGUGUGA